UCAGCAGGAGACUUGAGCUAUCCUGUCGAGAGCUAUGGAGAGCCUGUGGCCUGUGCUGGAGGCGCUCGGAGUGGCCAGUGCUGAUGGUGUGGUCAAGACACUGACACUGGCUGUUCCACUGAUUGCCACUCUGUGGUAUUGGAGUAACCGAUCUUUGUUCUCGGUCCCGUGGCAAACAGCUCAUCCGUCGGGCUACUGCGAGCGGUAUGAUCCGCGCCACUACUCGGAAGAGGUGCGUGGCUCAGAACUGGUGGUGGAGAAUGGGAAUGCGCUGGAGAACGUGCCGUCGGCUGAGCACGACCUCGCGUAUCCGCACAGGCGGUUCGCGCCGACGAUCAAGAGCCAUGCCGAGCUGCUGGCGGCGUCACGGGCACACUACGAGAUGAUGAACUCACGGCGGUCGUGCCGGUUCUUCUCCACGGCGCCUGUCCCGCGCGAGGUCAUCGACAACAUCGUGCUGACUGCUGGCACGGCACCGUCGGGUGCCCACAUGCAGCCGUGGACCUUUGUGGUGGUCUCGGACCCGGGCGUGAAGCGGGCCAUUCGUGAGGCCGCCGAGGCUGAGGAGCGGACCAACUACGACUCGCGGAUGUCGGAGGAGUGGAAGCGCGACUUGGCGCCGCUUGGCACCGACUGGCAGAAGCCGUUUCUCGAGCUUGCGCCGUACCUCAUUGUGGUCUUCAAGCAGACGUACGGGGCACGGCCCGAUGGGACGCGGGCGACGCACUACUACUUUGAAAAGUCGGUCGGCAUCGCCACAGGCAUGCUCAUCGGUGCCAUCCACGCCGCUGGGCUCACCACUCUCACCCACACACCCACGCCGAUGGGCUUUCUCUCUUUCAUCCUCCAGCGCCCGCCCAACGAGAAGCCGUAUCUCUUGCUCCCGGUCGGUUACCCGGCCGAGGCCGCCACCGUGCCGGACCUCAAGCGCAAGGCGCUGUCAGAGAUCAUGACUGUAGUGUAGCGUUCGAGCCAUUUACAUCGGGGGAGGAGGCAAAUGCACGCGCAUCAACGUAACCCUUUACGGUACGGAAUAGACAACUUGUCCAUCGCGCAAGCCACGCUCCGGCGACGCUCCACAAACGUCGCAACGUCCAUGAAAUGUGUAAAAGAGUAGCACAAUGUG